UCUCUCUCGAGCCAAUGCUGCGAAAGGGGAGCGCAAGAGUGUGCUCCAGUAAACUAGGCUGUUGUUGUCGUCUGAGCAAAGAGUUGACUCCGUGCGUUCUGUACGCUGGGCAGGGACAAGGCGAGGCGCGCGUGUGUGAGCAGAUCAUGAGUCAUCACAACAUUUUACUUAAUCAUGAUCUUCCUCCACAUUAUGGGACCGUAGGAACACAGUUUGUGUGAUCCCCUUCGGUUAUUUGAUCGUUUCUUGUUGUGGGAAACUUUGGCCAGCUGUUGAAAUGGACAUGAUAACUUUCAUGUUGGCGAGCCUUGCCCUCCUGAAUAUCAGGGACAACAUUUUCACCAGGGCCAUGCUGAGUGACAUUGGGGACUAUAUAGGUUCAGACAUACAAAUUUCCUGGUUGCCUAAUCUGGAUGAGUUAAUGAAGGGCUAUGCGCGAAAUUUUCGCCCUGGGAUAGGAGGCCCACCCGUGAAUGUUGCCAUGGCUAUUGAAGUAGCCAGUAUUGACCACAUCUCUGAAGCCAACAUGGAGUACACCAUGACCAUUUUCCUGCGUCAGAGCUGGCGGGACGACCGCCUGUCCUACAACCACACCAACAAGACCCUGGGACUGGAUAGCCGCUUCGUGGAUAAACUCUGGCUGCCCGACACCUUCAUUGUCAACGCCAAGUCUGCCUGGUUCCAUGACGUCACCGUGGAGAACAAGCUGAUUCGCCUGCAGCCUGAUGGGGUCAUCCUUUACAGCAGCCGGAUCACCUCGACUGUGGCGUGUGACAUGGACCUGACCAAAUACCCCAUGGAUGAGCAGGAGUGUAUGCUGGACCUAGAAAGCUAUGGCUACUCCUCAGAGGACAUUGUGUACCACUGGUCUGAGAGUCAGAUACAUAUCCACGGACUGGACAAACUGGAGCUCUCCCAGUUCACCAUCAUCGACUACAAAUUUGUCACGGAGACGAUGAACUUCAAAUCCGCCGGACGUUUCCCGCGGCUCAGCCUUCGCUUCCAGCUGAGACGUAACCGAGGCGUCUACAUCAUCCAGUCCUAUAUGCCCUCCAUCCUACUGGUUGCCAUGUCCUGGGUGUCCUUCUGGAUCAGCCAAACAGCAGUCCCGGCUCGGGUAUCCCUGGGGAUCACCACUGUGCUCACCAUGACGACUCUGAUGGUGAGCGCCCGCUCAUCUCUCCCUCGAGCCUCGGCCAUCAAAGCGCUGGAUGUCUAUUUCUGGAUCUGCUACGUGUUUGUGUUCGCCGCGCUCAUCGAGUAUGCCUUCGCUCACUACAACGCCGACUACAGGCUCAAAGAGAAGGCCAAGAGCAAGGCCAACAAGAUGAGCUCCGAGUCAGUCGUAAAGAAUGGGAAACAGGCCAUGGUGCUCUUCUCCCUGUCCGUGGCUGGAAUGAACCAGGGCCUGAUGGUGUCCAGCCGCCGUCCGCAGCGCUCCGGCGCCGAGACCGCCGAGGAGGAGGACGUGGAGCACAGGAGGGGGCGGGGGACCACAGCGUCAGAGGAGAGAGAAGAGGAUAAGAAGUGCUGUAGUUGUUGUUCCAAGUGCUGUUGCGCUUGCAAGCCCCUCCAAGCUGAUACCAUAGAUGUCUACGCCAGGGCCGUGUUCCCUGCCACCUUCGCCAUCGUCAAUGUGAUCUACUGGGUGGCGUACACCAUGUGAGUUGGGAGGACUAAGGAUGGACAGGCUGGCACCAUCAAGGACGGGAGUACUGUACAUAGAGGAAAAUCAUGCCGCUUUGAAUCCUGGGACUUAUAUAGGGGCACCGACGUAAACAAGGCUUCCUUAAGAAGAACUGGAUUUAUGUAUAAUAUGGUGAAGUAAGGAUCUGGUAAAUAGCAGAUAAAGUACAGUAGAUGGACGAACAAAAUCAGAUCAGGUAUAUGGACAUGUUCUGAAGUACAAGUUAUGUACAAUGGAGCCUUGAGCGGUAGUCAAUGUCUUAUCCUCAGUGAGGCUCACUGUAUGAUAACCCAGCUGCUGACUUUUAUCUCCAAAAACCUCCACUAGCCACCCAAACUCUACUGCUGCAAUUCCCUUAGAUACUGAUUGCUGCCCACUAAGCCAUCGCAAUGGACUGACGUUCAGCUAUGUCCUUUUACUGUACAUGUAUGAACUCUGCUCACACCAGCAACAUACACAGUACACUAAUGUAUCAUUGCUGAAAACUAAUGUGCACAACAAUUGCUGUUCGCUUAACUCACAAACACAUCUCAUGUGAUGGACUAACUGUUGAAAACAAGCAACUGUCCAAACUUCAUGAUGAUAAGAUGAGGUGUAGUCUACUUUGCUGCAGGGCUUAUUCUCCCCACCGCCCCUCCUCCCCUCCACCAUCCCACUGCCCCUCUUCCCCUCCACCAUCCCACCGCCUUCCCCCACUCCUCUUUUUUCUCCUUCUAUAAUUCCUCCACCCGUUUUUCCACUCCAGUUUGAUUUGGGCUGCAGAGCAUCUUAUCUCCUCCAGCCAGGUCUUCCUGUUUCCUGUUUCCUGAUUAUUAUUAUUAUUAUUAUUAUUAUUAUUAUUAAAGGACUUCCUCCACUACCUGUGUAUCUCCACACUGGAAA